UUAAAUAAUUAAUUAUAUUAUUAUAUUAUUGUAUAGAAAGUACGAGAUAUGUAAAAUUUAUCGUAAUCAUUAUUCACGGGCAACGCACUUUGCAUCAUUUUGUGAUCCGGCAAAGAUUCAUAACGAGAACAUAAUUCCAGAUCUGGCAUUUACGUCAAAUAUGUUGGAAUGUUCGAUUUACGUCGUCCAAUUCAUGACACGCGAUCGCAAACAAAUUCACGGCCACGAAUUCGUAUAGCACCCGGUACAUAUCGAUCUGUCUUUCCGCUAUAUGUAGAGUGUGAGCCAGACGUGGUCUUGGCGUUAACCUUGAACUUCAACCUCGACAUUAGCGAUUAGUAGUCGCGGGAGUAGCGUUCCUCAUUUCGCCAUCCACCCACGAUCGACACGAAUGAUCGAUUCACGAUUGAAAACAAUCAAGCGACUGAACGGUAGAACGCGAAACGAAUUAUGUCUGAAAUAUACAUUCGAGGUCCGGCUAGAGAAUGGAUCGGUUUAAUUUGAAAAAAAUUAAUAUAUAAAUGUCUCGGUCUAGUUGAGGAAUCUCUCGUUGAAUUUAAUGCACGUUAAAAUAAAAAAAAAUAUUAAAUCUCUCGGAUUUUUGGGUAUAUUGUAAAAAAUUUUCUAAAAAUUCAGACACAUUUUUGUCUGAAUUUUCACAUCUGGGUGUCUGAAAAAAUUUCAGGCAAUCUGUCUUAAUCAUCAGAGUGGUUUUUCUCAAAGUUCAGAAGAGUUUGAAAAUUGAAGUGUGUGAAAAUUUAGACAGUGUGUCUGCAAAAAAGCUGCAGACACUUUGUCUGAAGUUUCAAUCAAUUUUUUUACAGUGUAGAUAAUGCGACGAAAUUGUCAGUUGAGUGAUCGAGAAUGCAAACUUGGUGAAAGCUAUUUGGAAGGAUAAAUGUACAAAUUAUGGGCUCGUUCCAAUUUUGUUUCUCGAUUGACUGUCUAGCUAACUAAUGCCAGAGGUAGCCAAUUGACACGUCCGACAACCCUGCCGCGCGACAAGUGCAACAACAGAGACGCAUACUCAUACACAUAUACAUACACGUGACAUCUCCGUGCAUGUGCAUUUCGUGUAAUUGCUUGUGCAUUACGUAAGUGAUCGCGCCUCUCUAUCCCCCUCGAGAGAGUGAAUCGACGUCGAUGGCGAGACAAGGCAAUCGCAUUUCCUGCGUGCGUGUGGUCAAGGUCGCUGAGCGCAUGCGUAGCCUCUCGUUGAGAAGAAGUGCGCUUUUAGCUGUCUGGAGAGAACCAGAUCACCGACGCCUUUUUAUAAUAAUCUUGUGACGCGACCUCGGAGGAGUGUUAACGUCGCUCGAUUACUUAACAUCGAGUUCUCCGCAUCUUAAUAGUUAAGUAACCGGUCGCGCGAUCGAUCACGAACGAACCAAAGAAGUGCAGUGAGCAACCAUACCAAAUCGAUACCAAAAGAAGGAAUUUAGCUCAAGCGAGGGGAAGGAAGGAAGGACAAGGUGGAAGGAAGGACUUUUGCGAGAUGACGCGGUGAGGACGAGGGGACGAGGGGAGAUCUGUUUGAAAAGAAACGAAAAGUAAGAAAAAAAGAAAAAAAAGAAGAACGCGAGGAGAGAAAAAAAACGCGGGGUGGCGUGCCUCGGGGGGGUGUGCGUGCGUGAAAGAUAAAAAGCCGACGAGAUAAAUCGGUUCACGGUGACGAGUGAAAGUAGAGCGGGCAAGCAGCCGGGCAAGAUGAUGAAGAAGGAGAAACCGAUGAUGUCGGUGACGGCCAUCAUCCAGGGGACUCAGGCCCAGCACUGGGCACGUGGCGGCAACAAUUGGUUGAGUUUGGAUAGCAAUAUGUCGAUGUCGUCAGUGGGUCCGCAGAGUCCUCUCGACAUGAAGCCCGACACGGCUCUUAUCAAUCCGGGGAACUUUAGUCCAUCGGGUCCCAACAGUCCGGGAUCCUUCAAUGCUGGUUGUCACAGCAACCUCCUGAGUACAUCGCCCAGUGGUCAGAGCAAGACGGUCACGCCUUAUCCGCCUAAUCAUCCUUUGUCGGGCAGCAAACAUCUGUGCUCGAUCUGCGGCGAUCGUGCAAGCGGCAAACACUACGGCGUCUACAGUUGCGAGGGUUGCAAGGGUUUCUUCAAGAGAACCGUGCGUAAGGAUCUGUCGUAUGCCUGUCGCGAGGAGAAGUCCUGCAUUAUUGACAAGCGGCAGAGAAACCGUUGUCAAUACUGCCGGUAUCAGAAGUGCCUGGCGAUGGGGAUGAAGAGGGAGGCGGUGCAGGAGGAACGUCAACGUACCAAGGAGCGAGAUCAGAGCGAGGUGGAGAGCACGAGCAGUCUGCACGCGGACAUGCCAAUUGACCGCAUCCUUGAGGCGGAGAAACGGGUCGAGUGUAAGAUGGAACAUCUGGGAAAUUAUGAGAAUGCGGUCUCGCACAUUUGCAACGCCACCAACAAACAACUGUUCCAGCUGGUGACAUGGGCGAAGCACAUCCCGCACUUUACAUCGUUGCCGCUAGUGGAUCAAAUGCUUCUACUCAAAGCUGGCUGGAACGAAUUGCUAAUAGCCGGCUUUUCCUAUCGUUCCAUCGAGAUGAAGGACUGCAUCGUUCUGGCAACGGGCACCACGGUGCAUCGAAAUUCGGCACUACAGGCAGGCGUGAUAACGAUAUUCGAUCGCGUGCUCUCGGAACUGGUGUCGAAGAUGCGUGAGAUGAAAAUGGACAGGACUGAACUCGGAUGCCUUAGAUCCAUUAUUCUCUUCAAUCCCGAUGCACGAGGUCUCAAGUCCAUUCAGGAAGUUAGCCUACUGCGCGAGAAGAUUUACGCCGCUCUGGAGGAAUACACCCGCGUGUCUUGGCCGGAUGACCCCGGCAGGUUCGCCAAACUGCUGCUCCGCCUACCAUCCAUUCGCUCGAUCGGUCUUAAGUGCACGGAGCACCUGUUCUUUUUCAAGCUCCUCGGCGAAGAGCGGGCGGUCGAAGACUUCCUCAAGGAGAUGCUGGAGUCACCAUCGGAUCCUUAGGAGCAAAAGGUGUGCCGCGUCUUGGGGCACACCGAUCUGUGAAAGGAAAACCAAGAGGAAGAGAACGACAAAAGAGAGAAUAGGAGCCCGCAUUCGAAUCGAGUUUCUCAGUUCGAGAUGCUAGACAAUUUCUGUAUUGUGACGCCUCUCCGGCAUCACAAUAUAGAUUAUCGCGCGUCGAGCGAGAUGGAAUUUACUUACUUCUCUUCAUCGCUAUCCCUACCUCCUCCUUUACCCCAUCCUGUUAUUUAUGUUUUUGUUAAAGCUUUGCGACUCUCGUGUCCAGCGUAAGGAGGCGGUCUUUAUUGGCCGAUUCGUACUGAAAAUACACAUGCGAAAAAAAGGAUAUGUGGAUAGGAUGUGUAUAUGCCCUGUAUGGCUUGUAUACGUGCCGUAGUACGAUUUGAGUGCGAUGGACAGUUGCUGUAAUAUAAUUUAGGCUUUUGAAACCGUCAAUCGGUCAUUAGUUAAUUUAUCGAACCGAUUAAAUUUAAUAACACGUGAAGAUCGGCUAUAUCUUACAAACGUAAGUGCGAUCGAUAGAAAAUUUAGUCUGAUAUUUGACGGAUAAAUCAAUGGAUGUCUUGAUUGGCGUUAAUUAACGAAAAGUUGUAGAUAGAUAAAUAGAACUUUAUCUAUACACACAAAUAUCGUCAACAUCAAUCGCUGCCUCUUUAAUCUGUGACAUGUGUCGUGCCAUUAUCCGAGCGAAAAUCAUGUUUCCAUGCGAUAUUUCGUGCUGACGAUCGAUCCUUGUUUUGAACAGAUAUCGCGUCUUCGUCGGACUGCACUUUUCACACAAGUUCCUAGAAUGAUUGACUGUUUCUUUCUUUUCUAUUUUUGCACUUUAUUAUAUUUCGGUCUCUUUUUUUUUCUCUUUUUAUCUCGUUCUCUCUCUUUCUCUUUCUCUCUCUCUCUCUCUCUCUCUCUCUCUUUCUCUCCCCCUCUCUCUCAAUAAAGUCACGUAUUAUGGAUCGUUUUGGCGAUUUUGAUUUUCGGCGAGCUCGAUGAAGACGCGAUCUGUGCUUGCGAGUUCUCGGACACCUUUACAUUCCAACUCUGCCUCGAUUCGAAUCGUUACUUUAAAAGAGCCACUAUAUUGCAUAUAGAUAUAUAUACAUACACUUGCAUCAGUGAGCGAGUUUAACGGUAAUUUAUUGUUUUGUAUUUUAGCGUAUAGGGAAAAAAACGAACUUACUAAUUCAUUAUUAAUUAUAUUAAAUAUGCAUUAUGUAGCUCCCUUUGCCCCUUUUUUAUAUAGCAUGUAUCCGUGACGAAAUAUUGGAACUGCAAUAACUGCUAAUAUCAGAGCGUGCGAACGAAAUAUUUGCUUUCAAGGUGUUAGGAUUUCCAUUUAUCUCUCUGU